AUGAGCAACAACAAGUACUUUGUGACCGUUCUGUGGCUACUUCCGGUGCUGGCCGCGGCGCUGCCGGCCAACGACAAGCCCGGAACCGAGAACGACCUGAUGGCCACCAUCUACAGCGAUUGUUUGAAGAAGGAGUCGAUGAAUUGUAUCAAGUACAAGGUAUUCUCUUACGUGGACAAGAUGUUGGCCGACAAAGAGGAUAUCACGUUGACAGAUGGGAUCACUGUUGUCAAGACUUCGAACGCCGAGGAAGGUGCACCUAGAUCAAUAGAGUCUAGUGAUUUGGACACACUGUUGUUCGACCGCCUGGGCAGGUUCCUCAGGACUCAUACAGUUAAGGUCGAUCUGAAGGGUACGGACAUCCUUGGCGCCAUCGAAUCUGCCGGACGUAGCUUCGAAGACUUCACCGACAACGCUGUAGAAAGUCGUGGCAAAAAGAAGAAGGCCCAGAAAAUUCUUGGACCUCUGCUGAUGGCCCUGGCCCUGAAGGCUGCAGCCCUUUUGCCAUUGGCCCUCGGUGCUAUAGCCGCGAUCGCCGGCAAAGCCUUGCUCGUCGGUAAAAUAGCCCUGGUGAUCUCUGCUAUCAUCGGUCUGAAGAAACUGCUGAGCUCGAGCGGAAAACACGUGACGUACGAAGUAGUGUCCCAUCCUCAUCACAGCAGCAGCCACGUCGUCAGCCACGACGAAGGCCACGGUGGUGGCGGUUAUGGCGGCGGUGGCGCCGAUUAUGGCGGCGGUUACUCCGGAGGCAGCGGCCACGGAUGGGCAAGGAGUCUGCCUCAGGAUGCUCACGAGUUGGCCUAUCGCGCUCAUCAACCUCAACCGCAAGCAUGA